UCUAAGCAUUACUUGAAGAGAGUAUUAUUGUAAGUGUAUAGCAAACUUGUUAUCUUGUGCAAAGAGAGCUUAUCCAUUACACUACUAUAAAAUUGGAAAGCAAUUCAACCAUUAGAGCUCAAGCCAGUGUUGACAAACAGGAAGCUCAUCCUCUACUUCUCUGAUCUCUUUUUCCACCUCAAAACCCAAAUUCCAAAUCUUUCUUUUCUUUAUUUCCUGGUCAUCAUUAAUGGCAUUCCAUGCGAAAAGAGAGAGUAACUUCAUUUUUUUAACCCCAGAUGGUGAUUUUCAUCCUCUGAAUGCUCCUGAGAAUCUUUUCGAAUUUGAUGAGGCUGAUGUUUGGAACAAUAGUAAUAAUUCUAGUGCUGUGUCACAAUUGGAGGCCAAGAAAAUCGCACCCAGUUCGCGUCCAUCAAGAAAAGGUGGCAGAAAUAUGGUGGUGGAAAGGACUAGCCGGCCGGUGACCUGCGCUGCAUCUCUUCCAGUGAACAUACCAGAUUGGUCCAAGAUUUAUAGGGAAGAUCACUACAGAAGGCAUCAUAAAGAUGAUGAUCAAGAUCAAGAUAGUGACUAUUAUGGUGAUGAUCAUGGUGGUGAUGACGAAGAUGCAAGGAUUCCUCCCCAUGAAUAUUUAGCAAGGAGGAGAGGGGCUUCUUUUUCUGUUCAUGAAGGGAUAGGGAGAACAUUGAAAGGAAGAGACUUGAGGCAGGUGAGAAAUGCAAUUUGGAAGAUAGUUGGGUUUGAAGAUUAGCAGAAGAAAGAAUCAAUUAACGAGAGAGUAAAACUAGAAAAGGAUUAUUAAUUAUAUUAUAUAAUUAUAGAGAUGAGGAUGAGAGGAUGAUCAUGCAUUAAUUUUCUUUGAUAGGGUACUUUACUUUUUUUUUUUUUUUUUUUAAUGUGUUAGUUUCUUGUCAAGUAUUUAUUUGUUUUGUUUUAGGGGAGCUAAAAAUCCUCUCUGGUAAAGUGUAAUCAGAGGAAGACAUGAUGAUGAUGAUGAUGAUCUUUUGCCCUGUAAUUCUUAGUUUUUCAAGUUUUUAAUAUUAAAGAAAAUAAAGAUGGUACUCUUUACUUGUGUUCCUUGUUCUUUGUUUCCUUUGAAAUCAUGUAUGGGAAUUAGAGAAAAGCAAGAAACUGGAGAAGAAGAGAAUGAGGAAAGAAAUGGAGAGAAUGAGAAGAGAAAUGGACUUCUUGGUGGGUGUGGUUGGCAAGAAAGCUACAGACCAGCUAGCGGCUAGAACAAUCCUUCAAGUAAAAUCUAUUGGUCAUCUUUAAUGAGGAAUAGUCCACAAUUUUUUUAAACAUAUUUUUAUUUUUCUUGCUAUAGAAAUUAAUUAAUAAUUUUUUUUUAAGAAACUAACCUUAUUUUGAAUUUAAUAAUGAGUUGGUGAUAUCCAAAGCGAUUAUGGUGA